CGGGGGAGCGCGGCCAGUCCCGCCCUUCCUUUCUAUAGACGCGCUUGCAACGUCUGUGCUGCCCCGGGGACUUCUUUCUGCAGCUCUGUUCUCCACGCGGGUUGUUGGCGGCCGUGAGUGGCAGCUCCCGCAAUGCUUUUCUAUUCUUUCUUCAAGUCCCUGGUUGGGAAGGACGUGGUGGUUGAGCUGAAGAAUGAUUUGAGUAUAUGUGGGACUCUACAUUCUGUGGAUCAGUAUCUGAACAUCAAACUCACAGACAUCAGUGUGACAGACCCUGAGAAGUAUCCUCACAUGUUGUCUGUCAAGAACUGCUUCAUUCGUGGCUCAGUCGUCCGCUAUGUCCAGCUUCCAGCCGAUGAGGUCGACACACAGCUGUUGCAGGAUGCCGCACGCAAAGAAGCUCUCCAGCAGAAACAAUGAUAGUUCCUUUGUCUUUUGUGCGUUGCUUUAUUGUGUGUGUGUGUUUUUCCCCCGGGAAAGAGUGAGAGAGGGUGUGGGAAACCUUUUUCUGGAGAGAACCCUGAAUAUUUUGUGUACCUGUUUGGAAGAGGGUGUGUAUGCACACGAGCGUGUAGUAUGCUUCUUUGCCAGUUUGGACCUGCCAGAAGAAUCAGGUUAUCACUUCGAAUAGGGUUAUACAUUCUUCAGUCCUGUGGUUCUUUUAGAUGCCCAGGAAUUACUUGCGGAAAAUUAUCGGCACAUUUUGUUGAAUUAAAAAAAGCUAGGAGCAUAAUUUGUUUCCCAUGAUCUUCCCGUUUGUAGCAGUUGGCUUCAUUACACUGUUAAAUGGUAGGAGACAAACGUCUUGGGUGAUACCAGUAUUCAAUUUUUAGUUUUUAAAACCCAUUUUUCUUUUCAGUGCCCACAGACAUCAGAAUAUGUGAUCUAUCCAUGUGCCACUGGUGUUUGCCAGUGAUCCACUUGUAAUUGUGUGUAUUUUUGGUGUUUUCUCACGUCUCAGCUUGAAGCCCCCACAACCACCACACACACACACACUCCCAAGAGCCUCAUGUGCCAAUUAUUUCUGUUCUGUGAACUAUGAUUCCACUCAAUGUCUCAGGGCUCUACAAGGGUUAUUAAGGAUUAAUAAUCCUAUUUCUGUAUUAUUUUUGGCCAUCAGAGCAUGAUUUAAGGUCGUUUUCUCUACCCUCCAAAAUGAUUUUCCCAUUAUGAAUCCUAAGUGGUUUUGAGGCAGUUUUUGUCUUCCUGAUCUUUUGUUGUUAUUACAUGAGUAUGUGGCUUUUUAUAUUUAAAAAAGGGUCUCCUUAAAA